AUGCCCUCCGACCUCUCCUCCUACCUCGCCACCCACUACCUCACUCCAGACACCAAGCCCUCAUCCAAGAAGCGAAAGCGCAAGCACGACAAAUCCUCCGGCGGCGGGCUCCUCAUAAAAGACGACGACGAUCAAGGCUGGGGAAGCUCCAGCAAACCAAGGCGUGAUGGCGAUGGUGACGAGGAUGGCCCCGUGACGGUGGGCCAGGUCAAGGAUCUUCGCAAGACCACAAAGGCAAACUGGAAGACGUUAGGGGGCGGCAGCACCAGCGGCCCAGCAUCAAAAGAAGAAAGAGAGGCCGCCGCAGCAGCAGACGCCAUCCUCGCCUCCGCCGCCGCCGAGACGGCCGCGGCACGAGCAGCCGAAGACGACGCACCCACAAUGGUAGACGACCAGACCCCGGCGGCACGCAUGGCGGACGGCACGCACGCGGGGCUACAGACAGCGGCAGCGGUCACAGCACAGAUCGAACGGCGGCAGCAGGAGGAGCGCGACCAGUUCGAGGCGGAGCGGCGGGCGGGGCUGGUCAAGCACGGCGAGGAGGAGACGUACUACCGAGACGCAACGGGGCGGCGGGUCGACGUGAGCAUGAAGCGCGCGGAGGCGCGCCGCGCCGCACAGGCGGCCGAGGACAAGGAGCGCGCAGCCAAGGAGGCGCUCAAGGGCGACGUGCAGGCCGAGGAGGCGCGCCGCCGCCGCGAGCAGCUCGAGGACGCCAAGACCAUGACCCUCGCCCGGACGGCCGACGACGAGGACAUGAACAAGGCGCUGAGGGAGGAGAGGAGGUGGAACGACCCCAUGGCGCGGUUUCUGGGCGAGGCGGGCGGUGGCGGUGGAGGCGGAUCUGCGACAUCGAGCGGUGGCCGGGGCGGUGCUGCUGCAAAAGCGGGCGGCGGCGCGAGCAGACGGCCUGUAUAUAAGGGCCCGUCGCCGCCAAAUCGUUAUGGUAUAAAACCAGGUUACAGGUGGGAUGGCGUGGAUAGGAGCAAUGGCUUCGAGGCGGACAGGUUCAAGGCCAUCAACCGCAGGGAAAGGAACAAGGGGUUGGAGUACUCUUGGCAGAUGGACGCGUGA